AUGUGUGUGUUUGGAAUGUGGCCCAAGGUUUCCUCCAACAAGUUUUGUCAGAUUCCGCUUUACCCGAUCGGGACAUACGAAACUGGUCUCAUGACUACAAUCACACGCACCGUCACUCGGGAUGAUGGACAAGCUUCAGUCGUCGUUAUCACCCAGACCCUCGCCCCGAAUCCCACGAGCACCGGUGCACCCAGCCCGAACAAUCCCAAGAACGAGGACAGCGGGAGUGUGCUACCGAUAGCGAUCCCGUGUGCGAUAGCCGGGCUGAUAGCCUUGGUGGGACUGGGGCUGCUGAUCCGCUGGCUGAAGAACCGGUCUGCGGCUGCGCGGGCGGCGGAGGACAUCAAGUGGCCGGAGGUGAUCAACUCGGACGGGGACCGCGCCGCGCUGUAUCCCGAGCCGGUGCGGCCGGGCAUGGGCCAUGGCCUUGGGGACGAGGACGAGGACGGGAUGUCGGUGGCCCCGAUGGGCGAGGUGCGCAACUUCGCCGGGGCCGGCGCCGGCGGGGCGAAUCGCGCCACUCUCCCGCCAGCCAACCUCUCCCCGAGCAACACCGGCUCGGCUACCACCUACCUCAACUCGGCCUCCAUGCAGGACCACAGCUCCGGCCUCCAGCACUUCUACUCCGCCUCCGCAUUCCCCGGGCCUCCCCCGCCCCCGCAAGUGCCCCCUCCCCAGGCCGCCUACGCCGGAUACUACCGCCACGCAGCAAACAGCAGCCCUCCGAAAGCCUAUCCUAGCCAUCCCAGCGGACUCGUCCCUGGGGGAGCAGGAGCUGCUGCUGCCCUCCAUGGCCCCAGAGAGAUGCAACAUCCCGGCUACGGGGCCUCAGAGUACUACACCAACGGACACCAUGACUACGGCCAGCAAGACAAAGAGUACAGCGCCGCGCAGGAGUACGGCCAGCAUCAGCAGGAGCAAGACUACCAGCACGAUGACCACUACCACCAUCACCAACAGGCCAAAGAUUACGACGACCCUUUGGCGACGCACGACGCGGGAUACAGCACCGGCCAUCCGCCCACCUACCCCCCGUACAACGACCGCCAUCCCUCCCGCUCCCCGCCGAACCAACACUCCCCGCCCAACCAACACUCCCCCGCUCACCAUCCCGAGUCCCCCACCUCCCUCAGCGACGAGAACUUCUAUCGCGGCCCCUCUACCCGUGUCAGCGACCACCAUCAUGACGAUCGCGAGGAGGAUGACGAUCGGCUCUCCCUGGACAGAAACGCCGGAGGCGGUCGUCGCUUGGUCGCGCUUAACCCCGACGAAGACCCCUGA